CACACACUGCUGGGGUUUUCCACCAUAUUUUUCAAUUCUUCCCCUCCACCUCUGGAAGGGUUGGACUUGGCUUUGCAUCAGCACGGCCGAUCCAAGUGCUUGUCUCAGCUAUCACUAUAACAAUCUACAAUCUUACUUGUUCUAACCUGCACUCAUCCCUCCGAUGCGGUGAAGGUUGACCGGCCCCCACCUGGUGGCUGUUCGGGGGAUGUCCGUCUGUAACCCGCGGAACCCGAAUGCCCUCAUCUUCUCUCUGGUCGGCUCGGCUCCACUGCCCUCAGGACCACAGAACGACCAGAAUGCCUUGUUUGGGGCUAGCUUGCCUGGCCAGGUUGCAGGCUUUACGCUUACACGCUUACACCAAUCGGCAGGUCGGUCUCAUCCUGGAAUUGGGAAAAGGUCGUACAGGUGAGGGUUUAGGCAGCCAUUAUCAUGGCGGCUUGUAUGCAUGCUGGCCGGACCUGCAGGAUGGGCUGGGCUGGGCUCCGGUGAAUAAUGCAAUGAGCCUCGCGGGUGGUUACAUGGCCGUGACAUCUCAUCCCCCUUGGAUCUCGCCAACAAUGUUGAACACGCGGCCCGGGGAAGUUCUUGGCUCGAUGCUUUUUAUGUGACUCUACACACGCACCCAUACACACACCCACUUUUUCAUCAUUCUUUGUGUCUCCUCUCGCCGAUAACCAGCAUCCACUGUCGAUACGAUGGCUUCUCUACGAGUACGGCUGCUCUUCGUCGCAGUC